GGGCGAUAGCAGCCUGUAUUUGCGGUUUAAUUAGUCAGCAGGCAAUAUGGGGUUCAGUAACACUUUAGCCUGGUUUAUUUCAGUGUUUCUCAUCGCUGAAUGUUACUCUCGCGUUCACCAUGGUCCACACCAUCACAGAGGAGGAUCUUCCGUGAGCCAGCAGCUGCUGAGCACCCAGUUUCAGGCGGCGGUGCCUCAGUUUCAGGCGGCGGUUUCUCAGUUUCAGGCGGCGGUACCCAAGUUUCAGGCGGCGGUUCCUCAGUUUCAGGUGACGAUUCCGCAGAUUAAGGAGACGCCAUUAACGGACCCGGUUCCUCCCCAGGCAGUGAUCGUGUACUGCCGUGCGGAGGCGAUAGAGCUCGUGAUAAACCCUGAUCUGUUAGCGGGCGGUCUGCCGGUGUUUGCCGAGGAGCUGUGGCUCGGGCCCGAAGCGUCUCCAACAUGUGGGGUUGUGUCAACGGGACCGGGACCGCUCACUAUACGGGCUUCACUCCAAGACUGCGGAACACAACUGUCUGUAAACGCAGACUCUCUGUUGUAUUCCAAUGUUGUUGUCUAUUCUCCUCUACCAUCUCCUGAUGGUGUAAUUUACACCAAUGGUGCAGCCAUACCUGUCCAGUGCCAAUACCGGAGACGGUACAGUGUUGACAGCGCAGCAGUGAGGCCUGCUUGGGUUCCAUUUGAUGCCUCCGUUUCAGCCACAGAUUAUCUGGACUUUAGUCUUCGGCUGAUGACUGAUGACUGGCAGUUUGAGAGGGGCUCAAAUGUCUUUUUCCUUGGAGAUGAGAUUCACCUUCAAGCUGCAGUUAGACUGGCCUAUCACCUGCCUCUGCUUGUGUUCAUCGACUGGUGUGUGGCUACACCAACUCCUGAUGUGGAUGCCAGUGAAGUCAAAUACUCCUUUAUAAAGCAUCAUGGAUGUCUUGCAGAUAGCAGGAGUCCGAACUCUAACUCCAUGUUCAUGCGGAGAACCGAAGGAAAUCAUCUAAACCUACAACUGGAUGCCUUUAGGUUUCACAAGUUCACAGGCAAUUUGGUGUACAUCCACUGUCACAUGAAGGCCAUCCCUGCUGCAUAUUCUGUGAGUGCUAAGAAUCGGGCCUGUUCUUUCAUUGACCAAAGGUGGCGGUCAGUGGAUGGAAAUGAUGAGGUAUGUAACACCUGUGAGCCGUCCAAACCAGUGGCGUCUGAACCAGAGCAGCUUUUCCACAUCGCACUGACCUCUCCAGUCCAGCAGCCUAAUUUGGCCCCCAAACCAGGGCCUGCUGGUUUCUUUAAUGUGAGACCAGGUCAGUCAGUGGAACCUUUCAAUGCUCUCAUACAGUCAAAGUCACCUGCCUUUGGUGGUCUGUCGAAGAGAGGGACUGACUCGAACAAAGAGUGGAUGAAAUUUGCAACCGUGGGUCCUCUGCUUCUGAAAUCAAAGCAAGAAACCAGUGUCCAGUCAGCUGGAGGCCCCCGGUUUGGCUUGGACAAUGUCUUUGCUGCAUCUUUCGUAGAGAAGCCAGUCUUCAACUUCACUGAGAUGAGACCUGUGGAGGAUGAGCUGGAACCGGCUCCAAGGUUUAGAAGCUUCAGUCCGUUACAGAAGAGCAUAUUUAAUGUUUCUGACCUUUUCAACUCUGAGGGAAGUGGGUUUGAGUAAUGACCCACUUUGGGGAAAAAACGAGCAUGAGGAGAAACGUUUAGUGACUGACCUUUUCUAAAGAGAAAUAAAAUGUUUUAUAAAAUCUC